CCGAAAGUGAAAGUAAAACAAUCCACAUUGGCGCCGCCACACUAGGAAGAGAAUGUACAGGAGGGUGUCUUCGGAUUAGGCAGAUUUAAGAGGAACCCAGCAAAAUUCAGCUCACACGUGACGUCGUGAAUUGGUCGCUCUCGCUUCCGCUGCAUCGUGUGUUCAAAGACAGACGAUGAGUCAAGUGUGGUGGUGUGGAUUCCUCCUUGUGCUGUUCGACCUCCUGCUGGGUUCUGCACUCUGGUGUGGACUACCGCUGCUCCAGACCUCCUGCUGCUCUGGUCUGACGGGCGUCUGGCUACUCUCUGCAGUCAGGGGGGCAGCUCUGUGGUUCUUCCUGUCAUCCCUGUCUGAAGGUCAAACUCCCCCAAUUCUUCGCCGACUCCUGUUGCUGUCAUGUCUGCUGCCUCCAGUCAUGGAGAGUGGACGGAUGUUGACCUACUCCCUGGACGAGCCGUACCCCGGUCCAUCCAUGAACCUGAGUGCCCUGCUGCUGUCCUCCGUCUCCUCGCUUCUGGCCUGUGCUCUAUGGGAGACAGUUCUGUGUGGACAGCAGAAGCAGCAGAGUCUCGACUCCAGACGACUGCUGACCAGGAUGCUCAAGUUCUUUCGAGAGGACACCUGUCUCCUGCUUGCUGCUGUCACGUCACUCAUCCUGGCAGUCGUCUGUGAGGCGCUCAUCCCGUUGUACCAGGGGAACGUGAUUGACAUCCUCAGAGGUGAUGAGCUUCACUCAACCUUUCACUUUGUCGUUGGAAAGUUGGCUGUGGCAGUUAUUGGAAGCGCCAUGUUUUCAGGCCUCAGAGGGGGGGCAUUCAAGUUAGCCCUGGCUCGACUGAACAAGAGGCUAAAGCACCUGCUGUUCCACUCGCUCCUCCAGCAGGAGGUGCGCUUCUUUGAGGAGAAUAAGCCAGGACAUCUUUCCAGCCGACUGCACUCAGACGUGGAUCGCAUGGGCCGCACUGUGGCUCUGAAUGCUAAUGCGAUGCUGCGGAGCAGUGUUAAGAGCUGCCUGAUGGUGGCGCUGAUGUUCACGCUGUCCGUGAAGCUUACAGUUCUCACCUGCAUAGAGGCCCCCCUGCUGGCCCUGAUGCAGAACAAAUACUACCUCAUUUCUAAGGAGCUGAAGGAGCAAAUGCAGGAGUGCCAGGCUCAUGCCCGAGAUGCUACCCUCCAGACACUGACUGGCAUUCAGACAGUUCGCAGUUUCAAUGCAGAGAAAGGAGAAAUCAAGAGGUACUCUGCAGCUUUGGACCAAAUACAUGUCAUCAAGAGACGCAUGGGAAUCAACAGAGCCGUCUUCCUCCUCGUGCGCAGGCUGGUCAGCCUGCUACUCAAUAUCCUGAUGCUGGUCCAAGCUAGCAGUCUGAUCUUGUCCGGUCAACUGACAAUUGGGAGCCUGGUGUCCUUCCUCCUCUACCAGAAGCCUUUGUCCAGGAGUCUGAGGGAACUGAUGUUCUCCUUUGGAGACACCAUGUCCACCACUGGAGUCAUUUCAAAGGUCUGCGGGUACCUGGACAGGUGCCCCAAGUGGGUGAAAGAAGGUGAUCUGGCUCCAGACCAGUUGGAGGGAAGAGUGCUUUUCCAAAAUGUCUCCUUCACUUACUCGGCAGCAGCCGAGGACAAUCUUGCAUUAAAGUCAGUGUCAUUUGAGCUGAAGCCUGGAAAGAUGACCGCUCUGGUCGGGCCCUCGGGUAGUGGAAAGACCUCCUGUGUGAGCCUCCUGACCCGGAUGUACGAUCCUCAGGAGGGACAGAUCCUUCUGGAUGGAGAACCUCUGCACCACUACCAGCACAAGUACUUGCACCAAAAGGUUGCUGUGGUCUCACAGAAUCCUACCCUCUUCUCUGCAUCGCUGCUCUACAACAUCAUGUAUGGUCUGAACCACAGCUCCACGGAGAUAAUGAAAUACACUGCCAAGAAGAUUCAUGCUGACAGUAUACUGCAACAGCUGGAAGAGGAAGAAGACAUUGAGAGACAAGGAGGAGAUGUUGGCGAUUGCGCUGGAAAGCUGUCAGACGGACAGAAGCAAAGCAUCGCCAUUAUCAGAGCCCUUGUUCGAGACCCGAAAAUUUUGAUCUUGGACGAGGCUACGAGCAAGCUGGACGUAAAUGCUCAACAUGUGGUCUUGAAGGAUAUUGUAUCCCGUGGCUUAACUCUGCUGGUGGUGGCCCAUCAGCUGAAGACAGUGGAGGAGGCUGAUCACAUCAUCUUCAUCGAAAAGGGUCAAGUGGUGGAAGAAGGGACACACCAGCAGCUGAUGGCGAAGGGAGGCCGCUAUCACCGCCUGAAGGAGGAGCUGUUUAACUGAAAAAAAAACCUGAAUUUCUCUUCCAUAAGAGGUGUUUCGCAAGAUCUGGACCCUCGGACCCUAGUUUCACGUGGUGUUCUUAGCUGGAUUGGUGUUUUAGAGGCGAGGUGCUGCCGUUUAGGAAUCUGUGGGAAACCAAAAGAGUAUCGCCUCACGGUCCCGAGGUGAAAUCCAGAGCCUUUCUGAGGUGUCUGGUCAAACACGUGCUUGUCACUCCGCAGCACCGUCUGCAGGCAGAACGCUCACAUCUAAAAGUCAUGAAUUGAAACGAUUUCUUUACUUCUAUAUUUACAUUUUUUCACUCUUUCUCUGAAGACGUUCAAUGACCACAACGCAAGUCCCUGUGCUGGAAGCAACCCAGUUCUACAUGUUGUAUUGUGAUGCAAAAGUUGUUGAAUAAACCACUGUUAUUAAA